AUGGCGGUGAUUAAGGUUGACCUGGUUGACGAAGCCAUGCUGAAGCCAUCCGAGGCCUAUCUCCGUAUCUGGAAUACAAGUAGAUACGGAGAAUAUCUUGUUAUUCAAAUCCUCUCUCGGAGGAGAAUCCCAGAAGGAACAGAACAGAACCGAGUAAGUGACCGAGAGAGUGUAGGUGUAGAACAGCUUGCGCGUGUCAAGCAAGACUGGCGCCUGAGUGGCCGGCAGCUUUGUCCCAAGAUGCAGGCCGACCAGCCAGGCAAGUCAGGUGGGGCAUCACGGAGGGAAGAGUCAAACGCUAACGCCUGGAUGGGACUCUCUUUCCAAGGCGCUAGUACCGGGCGUAUCGAAGCUGUACCACCUGGGGGAAAACGAAAAAAAGGGCAGGUAAAUUAUUCAGAGCGACGGUCUGUAUGGGGAGAGUUAACCACUCAGGCUAAGACCAAGUAG